AAUGAAGAGUGUGAAGGAGUGAGGCAUACUCUACAUUUCUGGUAAGAAUGGUGAAACUUGUUCAACAAUCAUGGUGGAAAUUCAGGACUUGUUUUCUUAGGGUUUCUUCUUCAUAUUCUACAGAAACUGAAACCCUAGCCUCCUUAUUUUUGGCUAAUAAAGAUGAACAAUGUUUAAACCCCUUAACCUCGUCUCCAAAGAAUGCUCUGUACAGUAGGCUACUCUAUUUGGCACGCUCUAAGGAGUCCGUCAUAUCAGUACUGGACAAAUGGGUUACUGAACAAAAUCCCAUUAAGUAUGAAGACCUACAGAUUAUCGUCAGACAGUUUCGAGCUUACCGUCGCUACAAUCAUGCCCUUCAGAUUUUUGAGUGGAUUAAGAAGUCCAAGGAUUUUGAUAUAUCGCCUAGAGAUUUUGCAGUCGAACUUGAUUUAGUAUCAAAAGCCCAUGGUCUGGAAGCCGCAGAGACAUAUUUCACUAGCAUUCCAGAUGAUUUAAGAACCUACCAGGUAUAUGGCGCUCUCUUGAAUUGCUAUGCUGAUGCAAAAGUCUUAAAAAAAGCAGAAGAUACCAUGCAAAAGCUGAAAGAGUUGGCCUAUGCUGGCACAGUAGCAUACAAUGUUAUGAUGACCCUUUAUGCUAAAUUGGGAUAUCUUGAGAAGCUACAGUCACUUAUGCUAGAGAUGGAAGACAAGGGAAUUCCUGGUGAUGUGAUUUCCUACAAUAUCCUCUUGAAUGCUUAUGCAUCUGUUCCCAAUGUUACGGAGAUGGAGAAGGUUCUGAUGAAGAUGGAAGCUGAUCCGCUGCUGAUUAAUUGGAGUCCUUACACAGUUGUUGCCAAGGGAUACUUGAAAGCUGGUGAUAUAGAAAAGGCUAAUGAGUCAUUGAAGAAAUGUGAAAAUAGACUCAAGGGGAAAAGAGAAAAGCUUGGUAUUGACAUGCUCAUUACUCUCUAUACUAGUAUGGGAAACAAAGAUGAUGUCUAUCGUAUAUGGAAUAAAUACAAUAAAAAAGUUAAGCAUCACAAUUCAAGUUAUCAUUGUAUGAUACGUGGACUAGAAAAGUUGGAUGAUCUUGACGGUGCGGAGAAGAUAUUUGCUGAGUGGGAAACAAACAGGGUACACUUUGACAUUCGAAUUCCAAACUUGCUCAUAAGUGCUUACUGCAAGAAGGGUCAUAUGGAAAAGGCUAUAUCAAUCAUAGAGCAACUUGAGGAGAGUGGGAAGCAUCCCAAUGGGAGCACAUGGAAUCGUCUGGCACUCGGUUAUUGUGUACAAAAUGACAUGGACAAGGCAGUGGAUACGAUGAAGAAAGCAAUCUUGGCUAGUAAGCCAGGGUGGAAGCCUCACUUUCACAGUCUGGCUUCCUGUGUGAAGUACUUGCAAUCAAAAGGAGAUACUCAAGGAGAAGAAGAGCUUAAAGAUUUACUUAGAGUACGAGGUCUCUGCUCGAAAGAAUUUGAGAGGGGUUUAGAUAAGUAUAUUGAAAUUGGAAAUCGCAAGUCUGAGGCACUUGAUGAAACAGACAUUGAGGAGAUUUGUGUUUCAAUUGCUGCAUCUAAAAGAAUGAUAUCUGGCUCUGUUGUAUUGUUCAGAUACCUUGCAAACUUUCAUGUUCUACAAAUAUUUCUGAAUCAGUUAAAUGUUGAUUUAACAAAAGCAAUCCCUAAAUUCGCCCACAUCAUGAAGUUCAUUUUUGAGUGGAUUAAGAGGUCCAAGGAUUUUUAUAUAUCGCCUAGAGAUUUUGCAGUCGAACUUGAUUUAGUAUCAAAAGCCCAUGGUCUGGAAGCCGCAGAGACAUAUUUCACUAGCAUUCCAGAUGAUUUAAGAACCUACCAGGUAUAUGGCGCUCUCUUGAAUUGCUAUGCUGAUGCAAAGGUCUUAAAAAAAGCAGAAGAUACCAUGCAAAAGCUGAAAGAGUUGGCCUAUGCUGGCACAGUAGCAUACAAUGUUAUGAUGACCCUUUAUGCUAAAUUGGGAUAUCUUGAGAAGCUACAGUCACUUAUGCUAGAGAUGGAAGACAAGGGAAUUCCUGGUGAUGUGAUUUCCUACAAUAUCCUCUUGAAUGCUUAUGCAUCUGUUCCCGAUGUUACGGAGAUGGAGAAGGUUCUGAUGAAGAUGGAAGCUGAUCCGCUGCUGAUUAAUUGGAGUCCUUACACAGUUGUUGCCAAGGGAUACUUGAAAGCUGGUGAUAUAGAAAAGGCUAAUGAGUCAUUGAAGAAAUGUGAAAAUAGACUCAAGGGGAAAAGAGAAAAGCUUGGUAUUGACAUGCUAAUUACUCUCUAUACUAGUAUGGGAAAGAAAGAUGUGUCUAUCAUAUUUGCUGAGUGGGAAACAAACAGGGUACACUUUGACAUUCGAAUUCCAAACUUGCUCAUAAGUGCUUACUGCAAGAAGGGUCAUAUGGAAAAGGCUAUAUCAAUCAUAGAGCAACUUGAGGAGAGUGGGAAGCAUCCCAAUGGGAGCACAUGGAAUCGUCUGGCACUCGGUUAUUGUGUACAAAAUUACAUGGAGAAGGCAGUGGAGACGAUGGAGAAAGCAAUCUUGGCUAGUAAGCCAGGGUGGAAGCCACACUUCCACAGUUUGGCUUCCUGUGUAAAGUACUUGCAAUCCAAAGGAGAUACUCAAGGAGAAGAAGAGCUUAAAGAUUUACUUAGGGUGCGAGGUCUCUGCUCGAAAGAAUUUGAGAGGGGUUUAGAUAAGUAUAUUGAAAUUGGAAAUCGCAAGUCCGAGGCACUUAAUGAAACAGACCUUGAGGAUACUUGUUGA